UCAAAUUCUUCCGAAUGGCAAAUAAGUGCUGUUGAAGUUUCUGCUGGAAACUUCAGCAGGGAACUCUUUCACAUCUCAUUAUCUUCUGCAUCAAGCCACAUCAUGUUAAACAACAUUCUCAUAUUGUCUCUUCAGAUAAGCCUCCUAAGAACCACUCUUGGUGGGAAUGUUCUAAUUUGGCCAAUGGAAGGUAGUCAUUGGCUGAAUAUUAAGAUAAUUAUUGAUGAGCUCAUUGAAAAAGAGCAUAAUGUGACUGUGCUGGUUGCAUCUGGUGCACUUUUCAUUACGCCGACCUCUAACUCAUCUCUGACAUUUGAAAUGUAUAAGGUGUCCUUUGGCAAAGAAAGAAUAGAAGGAGUGAUCAGGAACUUUGUUUUGACAUGGCUGGAAAACGGACCAUCUCCUUCAACCAUUUGGAGAUUCUAUCAGGAGAUGGCCAUAGUCAUCGAGGACUUCCACAUGGUGUCUAGAGAGAUCUGUGAUGGUGUUCUUGAAAACCAAAAGCUGAUGGAAAAGUUGAAGAAAAGGAAGUUUGAGGUCCUGUUAUUAGAUCCAGUGUUUCCUUGUGGUGAUAUAGUAGCUUUAAAACUGGGAAUUCCAUUUAUGUACUCUCUGAGGUUUUCUCCAGCCUCAACAGUGGAAAAGCACUGUGGAAAAGUACCAUACCCUCCUUCCUACGUUCCUGCUAUCUUGUCAGAACUCACCGACCAGAUGACUUUCUCUGACAGAAUCAGAAAUUUCAUCUCCUACCAUCUGCAGGACUACAUGUUUGAAACUCUUUGGAAAUCAUGGGAUUCCUACUACAGCAAGGCUUUAGAUGGUAGCCAUUGGUUAAAUAUUAAGCUCAUUCUAGAAGAGUUGAUUCAAAGAAAUCACAACGUGACUGUACUGGCUUCAUCAGCAACUCUAUUCAUCAACUCCAAUUUUGAUUCUCCUGUGAAUUUUGAAACGAUACCUGUUUCUUACAAGAAGAGCAAUAUAGAUUCCUUAAUUGAACAUAUGAUAGUGCUGUGGAUAGAUCAUAGACCAACUCCUCUCACACUAUGGGCUUUCUACAAAGAACUAGGAAAACUCCUAGAUACUUUCUUUCGAAUUAAUAUACAAAUCUGCGAUGGUGUAUUAAACAACUCCAAGUUAAUGGCAAAACUUCACAAAGGAGAUUUUGCUGUGUUGGUAGCAGACCCAGUGACAAUCUGUGGUGACCUAGUUGCUCUGAAGUUAGGAAUUCCAUUUAUAUUCACGUUGAGGUUCUCUCCAGCCUCAACAGUGGAGAGACACUGUGGGAAAAUCCCAGCACCAGCUUCCUAUGUUCCUGCAGCCUUGUCAGAGCUCACUGACCAGAUGACCUUUGGCGAAAGGGUUAAAAAUACAAUAUCUUAUCCUCUGCAAGACUAUAUAUUUCAGUCCUACUGGGGAGAAUGGAAUUCAUACUACAGAAAAUUCUAGGUAAGUC